AUGAUCGAAACUCUCCAUACUUUGUAUGAGAUUGUGCUCAUGGCCAAGCUGGAGAUUGCCGUCUUCAUAUUGGCCGCAGGCCUUCAUUUUCUCUUGUUCAGCAACUUGGCGCUCCGACGCUCGCAGUCCAAGCCCCGAGGCAAGUCAAAGCUGGAUGAUUCAGGCGAUGGACCGACCGGGGGGGUCCCUUCACAGAAAACAGACAAAUCUACGACGUCUCCAUCCGCAACUGUUCAGCGCGCAAUCAAGCCGCUGCUGCGCUCUGGUGCAAAGGAGGCUGCACUUAAAGAUGAGGUCAGUCGUGUACUCGACUCGCUCAAGGUGCCGGAAGCAGAACGCGAGGAAGUCCUUGCUGACGUAUUGGACGGCCUUGGUCGUCAUGCUGAAGCGGAGCUGCUCGGAGCUGUUCGUGCUCUGGUUCCGAAAGUGACGACUUGGAGGAUGGCUGAACACCUCCUCCGCUUCGUCGGCACCCGGGCACCCGGAGACGUCGAGGCGCUGCUGGCAGAGGUCGAGUCACACCACGUUGAUGCCAAAGAAACACUUCCACAUGGUGUCGCGGUUUCCUGCCACCAAGCCUUCCACCGCAUCCUUGACACUGUCGUGAAGACCGAUGUUGACCGAUGCUGGGACGUGCUAAAGCGCAUGGAGGCACUUGGUCUGUCGCCGAACAAUGUCACGUGCUCUAUUCUGCUCAAGGGUGUUCAGAAAGGAAUGCAGGAGGGAUAUCUGCAGAAAGUGAUGAAGAUCAUCGACGCACGUGAAGUCAAAGACAUGGACGAGGUCUUGCUGGGAUCCCUCUACGAAGCUUGUAUUCGUUGCGGUCAAGUCCAAUAUCUUCUGAACUAUGUGAAGCGACUUCGUGAAGAGAGCGGCUUCGUCCAGGUCCGCAGUGCGCACACCGUGGGCUCCAUCAUUCGUGCUUACGGCGCAGCGGAGGACGUAGAUGGCGUUUGGGCCACAUGGAACGAGAUGAAGCGGAAGCAGAUCCAGCCGACAAGAAUCACAUUAGGCUGCAUGGUGGAGGCGCUGGCUUCCAACAAUGAUGCCGAAGGUGCCUACGAGAUCAUUCAGCAGGCCACAUGUGUGAACAUUCCUGGGCUAGCAGAGAAGCGGCACAGUGAAUUGAUCAUUGAUCAAGACGGGAGCCGUUUGUACAGACAGCACAGCUUGCUACAGAUAAAGUGUCAAGACCGGCCGGAACUGUGUCGAAGGUUUUCGCGCUGUCCACAGACCUCAAUCAGCACGAUGCCUUUCAGUCAACAUUUUCGGUUUCUGUUGCGACCCAACGGACGGCUAUGCAUGCAAGUGUGCCUACACACACAGACAAACACUUGUGAAAUCCUCCCUCUGAUUGACUUGUUUCUGAAAGACACUCCUAAUUUCAGAAGCCUCUUCGUUUGGCAACCAGCUAUGCUCACGGAGUUGCUCCCCUGCUGA